AUGGAUCCUGAAUUUCGAGCGGUGCUAUCCUAUAGACUGAUGUUCUGGACAGGUAUCUGUGAUGUAAGCCAACUCAUUAUGUUUCUAUUGGCUGGUAUUAUGGCUAUGUUACAGUCAGCUUUCUUUCACCACUACAUAAAUAAGGUAAUAUAUAUUGUAGCGCUAAUAAUAUUUGUGGUAUCCUGGGCUGUCAAGCUAACGCCUUACACUGGCUACCUUUUCAAACCGUCAACGUUAAAUUGGGGUUAUGACGAAAACGGUAUCCAGAUUCUUUCCCGAAUUUCGUAUUAUUUUAGCAACUACACAACUCUCUUUUACGUUGGAUGUUGUAUUACAGUAUAUUCAAUCAUAGCUGCGCGUAUAGUCGUUGUGAGGAGAGAACCGCUCAAAUGGACCGAAGUUGUAUUGACUUUACAGCAAUUUCUCGUUGCAUCAGUUUUCUUUCUCGCAUUCUUGUAUUGGUACUAUGUCGACACUGGGUUGGAACCUACGAUUCUGACGAAUUUUAUUGGCGAUCUUAUAUGGAUAACCACAGUCGGUCUAAAUCCGCUUAUCUAUCUCUUUGUUAACAAGCGAUUGCGAAAGUCCCUGAGAAGGAUCACGAGGCCAAAGCAGACUACGACAGCUGUGGGAGGACUUAACACACUUAACACUGCUGGGUGA